CCCCUUCCCUCAGCAGGUGAACUAGGAAGCGAGGACCAGGGAGCCUAGGAGACUGUGGCGUUCUGCGGUUGCCUAGUAACGCUUGCUGCGCGCUGCAUGAUGGGAAGCCACAGAGUGCCCACGCUGUGACCUCUCCCCUAGGCCCCCCUCCGCCGCACAACACGGAAGCAUGGCGGCCGCCCAGGGCUCCCCGGUGUCCGCUUGUUCACAGCGCAGGCUGAGGAUCAUCUCCGGGCACUUACAGGCCGCGCCAGCCCUCACUGCCAACGAAUGCAAGGCCCCGGCGGCCCCCCUCAUCCCUAAGAAGCGACAGGAGCUCCUGAAGUGGAAUGGUUGGGGUUACAAUGAUUCCAAAUUCACUUUCAACAAGAAGGGCCAAGCUGAAUUCACUGGCAAGAGGUAUAAACUUAGUGGUAUGGUGCUGCCAGCUUUGCGCGAAUGGAUGGAAAAGACAUUUGGUGCUAGUCUGGAUCACAAAACUACCUCCCGAGCAUCUUUAAAUGUAAGUGAUGCCCCUCCAGCUAUUGUGAACGAGGGAUUUAUCCAGGACAUUAAAGCCAUUGGAAUUUCUUUUUCCCAAGAUGUUGAAGACCGGGUUUUUCGAGCUCAUGGUCAUUGCCUCCACGAGAUGUUUGCACUCAGGGAAGGAAUGUUUAAAAGAAUCCCAGACCUUGUCUUGUGGCCAUAUUGUCAUGACGAUGUUGUACGGAUUGUGGACCUGGCCUGUAAACACAAUGUCUGCAUCAUUCCUUUUGGAGGUGGGACAAGUGUGUCCAAUGCUUUAGAGUGUCCAGAAGAUGAGAAAAGAACCAUUGUCUCCUUGGACACUUCACAAAUGAAUCGAAUUCUCUGGAUUGAUGAGAAGAAUCUGACGGCACAUGUUGAAGCCGGCAUCACUGGUCAAGAUUUAGAAAAACAGCUUGCGGAGAGUGGUUACUGCACAGGCCACGAGCCAGACUCCAUGGAGUUCAGCACGUUGGGAGGCUGGGUAGCUACACGGGCAUCAGGCAUGAAGAAGAACAUCUAUGGAAACAUUGAAGAUCUGGUUGUACGCUUAAAAGUUGUAACUCCCAAGGGCAUCGUAGAAAAAAGCUGCCAGGGGCCUAGAAUGUCAACAGGACCAGAUAUUUACCAUUUCAUCAUGGGAUCCGAAGGAACUCUUGGAGUAGUUACAGAAGUCACAAUAAAAAUCAGACCUGUCCCAGAAUAUCAGAAGUAUGGUUCGGUGGUGUUUCCUAACUUUGAGCGAGGUGUGGCUUGCUUAAGAGAAGUGGCAAAACAGAGAUGUGCUCCUGCCUCAAUUCGCCUUAUGGACAAUGCACAGUUUCUAUUUGGGCAUGCUCUUAAACCUCAGGUGGCCUCAAUUUUUACUUCAUUUUUGGAUGGGUUAAAAAAAUUCUACAUCACAAAGUUUAAAGGAUUUGAUCCAAGUCAGCUUUGUGUCGCAACCUUGCUGUUUGAAGGCGAUCGGGAGAAGGUCCUGCAACAUGAGAAACAAGUGUAUGACAUAGCUGCAAAGUUUGGGGGUCUGGCAGCAGGCGAAGAUAAUGGGCAGAGAGGUUACAUGCUGACAUUCGUCAUUGCUUACCUUCGGGACCUUGGCAUGGAUUAUUAUCUGAUAGGCGAAUCAUUUGAGACUUCUGUUCCAUGGGACAGGUUGCUAGAUCUUUGCCGAAAUGUUAAAGAAAGGAUUGUUCGAGAGUGCAAAGAAAGAGGUGUGCAGUUCCCUCCUCUUUCCACUUGCAGGGUGACGCAGACAUACGAUGCUGGUGCCUGUGUAUAUUUCUACUUUGCUUUUAAUUACAGAGGCAUAAGUGACCCGGUCCAUGUCUAUGAUGAAAUCGAGUUUGCUGCUAGGGACGAGAUUCUUGCUAAUGGUGGAAGCCUUUCACAUCACCACGGAGUGGGCAAGUUGCGAAAGCAGUGGCUGAAGGACAGCAUUUCAGACGUCGGGAUCGGAAUGCUCCAAUCUGUCAAGAAUUUUGUCGAUCCCAACAAUAUCUUUGGAAACAGAAACCUUUUAUAAAAGAAAGCUCUAUCUGUAAUUCUGUCUUUGCGUCAAAAAAAAAAAAAAAAAAUGUUUUAAUACUGUACAGAGAUCCCACUGAACCAGCGCUGGCCAAGGAGGCGGAAGCCCGAAUGAAACAUGCGACGAAGUGAGAGAAAACCAAAUUCUGUGUGUUGAUCAAAUGUCUUUUUGUCAGAUGCAAUGUUUUAGGAAGACUCUUACUAAGAAUUGGACUUGGCAAUCUGUAUUAGGGACGGGAAGGGGGACAGCUGCACUUUUGCCGACUGCUCUUGACCCUCCAGACACAUGUUACAUUAACGUGCCCUCGGUUGUCAGGGCUUGAAAAUUCACUUUGUCUCAGCCAGCCAGAAAUGCAUAGCGUGCUGCCGUUUAGAACAAAUGACAAUUUCUUAAGCUAGUCAAGCAAGACGUGGAUUUAUCCGAAUAUGUUCUGCUGCACAAGGCCACAUUUUUUGUUUUUGUUUUUUUUGUAGAGUAAAUAGGAGGUUCUGCAUCAGCUGCGGUAAUACUAAAGACACUUGCACUUCCUAAAUGAAAUUAAUGACAACUAAAUAACCUACCUAACCAUAUAAAUACUCACCCGACACUGUUUAAAAAAAAAAAAAUUAGCAGUGAAAGAAAAAGGUGCAGUUUUAGAUUGUUCUCAUGGUGGCGCUGCUUUCAUGGCUGGCAUGAGUUUUAGUCACUUACCAUGACUGUUGUGAGCACACUAUCAUAUUGUAUGUCGAUUUUCUUUUUUUUUUUUGCUUAAAAGAAGGAAGAAUUGCCAUGGUUUAAAAAAAAAAAAAAAAAAAAAAAAAAAGAA